ACUUUUUUGCCUACUUUCUAGCAGUUGGACAGCGCUAGCCAAAACACGUGUGAUUUGUGUUUUUUCUGGUGAAAAUAAGUGAAUCUAUUAGAUUACAAAUGGUGCAAGUAGAUCCUGAGAAUAUUCGUCGCAUUGGCAGUGUGCUUAAUGACAAAGGUCGCCCACUUAAAGAACGAUUCAGAGCUCUGUUCACCUUGAGAAACAUCGGUGGUCCAGAUGCCAUUGAAUCUAUUAAUCAGUGCUUCCGGGAUGAUUCAGCCUUACUGAAGCACGAGCUAGCAUACUGUCUGGGCCAGAUGCAAGACAAGGAAGCCAUUCCCAUUCUCAUAAAGGUGCUGGAAGAUGUUCAGCAAGAGCCAAUGGUUCGUCAUGAAGCUGCUGAAGCUCUUGGGGCCAUUGGAUGUUCAGAAGUAAAACCUAUUUUGGAGAAAUACCUCAAGGAUCCAGUAAUUGAGGUAGCUGAGACAUGUGAGAUUGCUCUGGGAAGACUAAACUGGAUUGAGAAGAAGGAGGAACUUGCAGAUGAGAAUCCCUAUUCAUCUGUCGAUCCAACACCACCUGCUGCAUCGAAGGACGUGGCUGAGCUUAAGAAAAUCCUAAUGGAUGAAUCAGCAUCGCUCUUCAACCGAUACCGUGCAAUGUUUAGCUUGAGGAAUAUUCGAACGGAGGAAAGUAUUAUAGCACUGUCGGCGGGAUUGAAGGGAAAAAGUGCGUUGUUUAGGCAUGAAGUGGCAUUUGUACUUGGCCAGCUUCAAGAACCCUGCAGUAUUCCCUUCCUGGCGGAAAAUUUGAGAGAUACCACGGAGAAUGAGAUGGUCAGACAUGAAUGUGCAGAAGCCCUCGGGGCUAUUGCUACAGAUGAUUGCAUUGAGAUCCUAAAUGAAUACCUCAAAGAUGAUAAAAGGGUCGUCAAGGAGAGUUGCGAAGUAGCUCUGGAUCUCUGUGAAUAUGAAAACAGCCCGGAAUUUCAAUAUGCAAAUUUGCUCAAAGUGUGAGAUGAAUUCUAUCAUAUCAUGUGAUUUUUAAUAAAUUUUACUAAAAUAAAAAAAGAUUAAAUUUU